AUCAAUGAUAUCAUUCCAGACAUUGUUUACCUUUUGCAAUGCGUACGGAUCAAAUAAUUAUGAGUCAAAUAAAAUUAAAAUCUGUUUAAUAUUGUUUCGAACGGUUUAAUUUAUAAGUAUUAAUUGUUUUGAAUUAAAAUAUUACAAAAUGGCUGUCAGUAACGUUUUAUUACUUUUCCAAGCAACUGGAUAUGUUGUGGCUUUGAUAUUUUCAUUGUGUACAGUUGUUCCUCUGAUAUUGAAUUUGCAGUGUUUUAAAGGGCAUUGUUUGUUAUUCACCACUGGAACCUUUGGUGAUGAUGCAAAUAUGAUCCCCAGUUGGGCUUCGAAAGGAUAUUGUAUCUAUACAUUGAUUGUUGGAGCGUUUUUAAGUUUGGUAUCUCUUGUUCAAGCUAUUCGCAUGUUUUCUAUGUUACGAAAGGAACAGGAUAGUUCAUUUCUAUCAGCAUUCAUAGAUUGCAUUCUAACAUUGGCAUUGUCCAUCAAUGUUUUUGCUGUAUCCAUUCUCGUCACUGUUGGCUUUAAAACUUGGUGCGAAUCUUUAUAUCAAAGAGUAACUUCUUGUGAUGAUGCUUCUGUGAUGGAAUUUAUUAAUUCAGAUGGUAUUACUACUAUCGGCUUUUACAUUCAUAUUCAAACUGUUCAAUUUGGAAUUUGGAGCUCUUGGGUCUGUUGUGUGCUUUUAACUGUGCUAUCUACAUUAAAGUUGUGUCGUUACCAUGAACAAGAAGUUAUUCGUGUUAGCAUGGCAAGACAAAGACAGAAAAUUAUUAAUCAGUGCGACAAAGAGUAUACUGAUUGAAAUACUGAAUAAAACUUUCGCGUGUGAACUACCGAAGAACUUAAUUGAAAAAAGAAAGUUCACGUGAAAGUUAAAUUUGUAUAUAAAAUAUUAGUGGAUGUUGAAACACUUUCGAGUGAUGUAAUCAAAAUAUUCAUUAGCCCCAUUACAUAUAUCUUUAAAAAAAGUUUUGUAUUGAUUUAUGGGGCUGGUCAGGGCAAGGGCUUAUUUUUAUGGUAGCAUUGGUUACUUUUUAUGGAUUAAACAGUAAUUUAUUCUAUAAGCCUUUGAAACAAAUGUGAGAUAUUCACAUCUGUAUUUCAGAGAUGUUUUUGUUAAUAUUUUAUGCCUCAAAUUUUUGCUCUUGAUAUAAUUUAGAAAUUAAAAUUGCAAGGUGAACUUUCUUGUUGUAUUUGCUUACAUUUGAAAGAAAAUAUUUAUUGGCCUUAAUUUCAAGCUUUCAGAUAAAUCUUAAUUUUCUAUGUAAAAAAAAAGGUGAAAGUGAUUUAAAGGAUUUAAUAGUAAUGCUGUAUAAAAGAAAAAAAAACAAAAGAUUUUGGUUUACAGAGUUUUAGAUAAUCAGGUGUUAGUUAUGAUUUCUCUUUUUUUUUAACUUUAAAAAAUAAAUAAAACAAACGCCAAGAGUCAAAGAUAUAAAUAUAUUUUAUUGUUUUAUUUCUUCAUCACCAGUAAACAAGAUCUGAUAAAUAAUUAUCUUUUGAACAGUGUGCAUAAAAGUUGUUUUGUACAAUGUUUAUUUUUAUUACAAGAGAAUCAAACAUAUGUGCAUAGUAUACUAUAAAAAUUUGUUUGCUUUGCUUUCCAC